AUGAGAAAAAUACCAAACAAUGGGAACCUGAGGAUGACGAAGGUGGCGUACCCGCUGGGGCUGUUCGUGUGCCUGUUCAUCUACGUCGCCUACAUCAAGUGGCACUGGGCCUCCGCCACCCAGGCCUUCCUCAGCAUCCCCGAGGCGGCCACGGGGGCCCGGAGGGGCCAGCAGGCCCGCAGUCCCCCAGGACCGGCUGCCCAUGGACCUGAGGUCUCCUACGGCAUCAUGUUUGACGCGGGCAGCACCGGCACCCGUGUGCACGUCUUCCAGUUCAGCCGGCAGCCUGGAGAAACUCCCACCUUGACCCAUGAAACCUUCAAAGCACUGAAGCCAGGUCUUUCUGCUUAUGCUGAUGACGUUGAAAAGAGCACCCCAGGGAUCCAGGAGCUACUCGACGUGGCCAAACAGGACAUCCCCUUUGACUUCUGGAAGGCCACCCCCUUGGUCCUCAAGGCCACAGCUGGUCUGCGCCUGUUGCCAGGAGAAAAGGCUCAGAAGUUGCUGCGUAAGGUGAAAGAAGUGUUUGAGGCGUCGCCAUUCCUUGUGGGGGACGACUGUGUUUCCAUCAUGAACGGGACAGACGAAGGUGUUUCCGCGUGGAUCACCGUGAACUUCUUAACAGGCAGCCUGAAGACCUCCGGGAGGGGUAGCGUGGGCAUGCUGGACCUGGGCGGGGGGUCCACCCAGAUCACCUUCCUCCCGAGACUCGAGGGCACCCUUCAGGCCUCGCCGCCCAGCUUCCUCACGUCCCUCCAGGUGUUUAACAGGACCUACAGACUCUACUCCUACAGCUACCUGGGGCUUGGCUUGAUGUCGGCGAGACUGGCAGUCCUGGGAGGCGAGGAGGGGAAGCCUGCUGAGGACGGACAGGAGCUGGUCAGCCCCUGUCUGUCUGCCGGUUUCAGAGGAGAGUGGGAGCAUGCUGAAGUGACGUACAGGAUUGCAGGACAGGAGGCAGCGGGGAGCCUCUACCAGCUGUGUGCCCGCCGAGUGUCCGAGAUCCUUCGAAACAAAGUGCACAAGACGGAGGAAGUGAAGGACGUGGAGUUCUAUGCCUUUUCCUACUAUUACGACCUUGCCGCAAACGUGGGCCUCAUAGAUGCGGAGAAGGGAGGCAGCCUUGUCGUUGAGGACUUCGAGAUCGCGGCCAAGUAUGUGUGCCGGACGGCAGAGACCCGGCCGCCACCCAGCCCCUUCCUGUGCCUGGACCUCACCUACGUCAGCUCGCUGCUCCAGGAGCUCGGCUUCCCGGGGGACAAAGUGCUGAAGCUGACCCGGAAGAUCGACAAUGUGGAGACCAGCUGGGCUCUGGGCGCCACUUUUCAUUACAUCGACUCCCUGAGCAGACACAAGAGCCCCGCCGCGUAG